AUGGCGCGACAUGAAAUUAAUACAAAACAUCAACAAAUAAAACUUCCAAUAGAAACUGAAUGGAUUUGGCACGUUCAUCGUCUUCAUCCUUUAAGCUAUUAUAACGAUUGUACUAAACAACUUUCGGACGGAAAACUUGUCGAUAAAAAAGUUCGUCAACUUCUACAUAGUUAUGGAAACAAACGUCAUUCAAAGGUCUAUUUUUCAUCGAUAAAUAGUCGUCUAUUAUUCAUUCCAUCAAUCGAUUUGAGAAAAGCUGUCAUCCGUCAACGUGAUUUUCUUGAAAAAUUCCAAAGACAUUAUCUCUAUUCAUACGACUUAAAAAAGAUGGAUCGUUCACAAUUUGAACAUUUAGUACAAAGUUAUGUAUCAUUUAUGAAAUUGGCUCAAAAGAAUCAAAUGCUCGUACCAACUUUUGAUAUUGAUUUGAUAUGGCAUACACAUAUGAGAUAUCCAUCACAGUAUCAAACUGUUUCUACAGCUUUAUGCGGUUUUGUUCUUGAUCACGAUGAUGCGAUUGAGUCCAAUAUUCUACAAAAUGCUUAUCAGAAAACUGCUGAAAAAUGGGAAAAGACUUAUAAAUCAGAAUACGGCUAUAACAUUGAUCGAAAAAAUUUAGAAACAUCACAAUACAUGAGUUCAUGUGCAAUGGUUUUCGUACCAUUUUACAUUUCGAGUGGUGGAGGAUCAUCAUCAUGUGGAGCGAUUGGAGGCGGUUGUGGUGGUGGUGGUGGUGGUGGCUGUGAUGGUGGCGCAGGUUGUGGAGGUGGAGGUUGUGGGGGUGGAGGUUGUGGAGGUGGAGGCUGUGGCGGAUGUUGA